AUGACGUGCCAGAUUUGGGCCGUCGCAUUCCUAACAGUAUCCGAGGUGCUGAAGCACUGUCUCAUUCUUUUGCCCGCUUUGCCGCUCACCCCUCUGGCAGAGGCAGAUGUGCAAAAGACCCUGAAUGUCCAAGUGUCUUCUGCGCUGUCCGCUGACGACAGCUGCGAUAGGGGUGCCUCUAACGCAUGUGGUCUUGGUGCUUUGCAAGCUGCCGUCCAUGCGCGAAGUGCCAAGGAGCGAUCUCAAGAUUCGAAGCUCAACGAGGAAGACAGGUCCAUCUUUACCGCCUCCCUGAUAGAAAAAUCCGAUACUGCAAACGAGAAGUCGAAUUCGUCGUUGUCAAUGUCCAGCGACUCGAUGACCAUUGACUUAAAGACCAAUGGCAAUGAAGCCUUGCAGGCUCUUGAGCACUUGAUGUUCAAUGACCUGAACCUCAACGAGACCCAAAUCGACAAGCUCUUCAAGGGCGUGGUGCUAGCUGUCGCAACUGAAUCUGAGAGAAAGAACCAGAACGCCAUGGGCCGAGGGGUUCUCAAGCUGCUCCGCCAAGCGGCGCUAAAAGCGCUAAGAGCCCAGAAGUCCGACCCUUUUGAUGUCCAGCCGGGCUAUUCCUGGCUAGAGGAAAACGAAGUGGAGUAUGCUAGGGCCUCCCUGGCGCUUCCGAUUACCGGGGGGUCGAUUCUCAUCCUCGCCCUGGUCUCUUUGAACUUCUUCCACCGUACCUUCGGCCCGGCCAAGGAUGACCAGGUCGGACUGCCUGGAAACUUGUCACCCGGCCUGGAUACGACCUCGACAGCAACACCACCCCUGAGUGAGAACCUGGAGACAGGCUUUGAAGAUAGAGUUGACGAGAAUGCUACUACACCCGGCAGCACCAGCGCCAUCGACGACUAUGCGAUGUCCGUGUCCAGUGGCGACGAGUCGAUAGAGCCGAAGAAGGAAGAGGAGGUGAGAGCUUCCUUCAAUGCACUCUUCCGCUUCGCGCGCCCAUGGGACUUGAUAUGCACUACGCUUGCCAUGGUUUUGGGCGCCGUGCAUGGUUCUUGCAUGCCUAUGGCCUUCUUCUUCCUGUCCGACCUUUAUCAAGCGGUGUACAUGCCGAAUGACGAUGGUUCCCUGCCACCUGUCCAUGCGCCGCACACCAUCCGAGACUCGAAGGUAGCAGAGGUCGGCCUGACUUACGUGCUGCUCGCGCUCGUGGUCUUGGUCGCAAGAACUGGCGGAUGCUAUUUGGUCAUCAAGGCAGCUGAUCGACAGGUGGUGGCAGCGCGACGACAGUAUUUCUAUCAGAUUUUGAUGCAAGGUCCAAGCUGGCACGACAUGCACAAUGCCUCCGAGCUGGCUCCACAGCUUGUGCAAGACACGCACCUUUUCCGGGAUGGAAUCGGGGAGCGACUCGUCGAUUUCACUCGAGCCUGCUUCAUGGCCGUGUCAGCUACAGUUCUUGCUUGCAGUCGCGACUGGAAGGUCAGCAUUCUCAUGGCCAUCAUCAUGCCCAUUGCAGGAAUGUGCAUGGCUUUGUCCGUCGAAGUGGUGCGGAACUUCUCUACCGUGGUCGAGGCCUGCUAUGCCAAGGCGGGUCAGGUGGCGGUAACUGCUACCGAGCUCAUCAAGACAGUGACGGCCUUCAAUGGCCAGCGACUGGAGCUGGAAGCCUUCAAUGGGCAUGUAGACGAGGCUCACAUCAAUGCCAUCCAGAUUGGGGUUGUCGCCGGCUAUGCCACUGGCCUUGUCAACACGGUGCUCAUUACGGGGAUGUCCCUGGGCGUAUACUUCGGUUCCCAGUGGGUGCUGCAAGACUACGAAACCGACUGCUGGCGGGCAUCACCGCCAUUUGGAAAUUGUCGGACCGGUGGCACGAUUAUGUCAGCUAUGUACACGAUCAUUUGGGGAUUUACGAUGGGCUUGGGCACCAUGAACAUGUGCUUCGUGGCCUUUGCAAAUGCGCGAGCUGCAAUGCACCGUAUUGGCACAAUUCUGGAUGAACCACUCAGUGCUACAAGCGGUGGCAAGAUUCUUCCCCACGUGGAGGGUGAGAUCAUCUUCUCCGACGUAUUUUUCGCCUACCCAAAGCGCACGGAGUCCUUGGUUCUGAAGGGCGUGACAUUGGAGAUCAAGGCCAACUGUACCACUGCCUUCGUGGGUGGCAGCGGUUCUGGGAAGAGUACACUUGUCGGCCUGCUGCUGCGUUUCUACGAGCCGAAGACUGGAACGGUUUGCCUUGACGGCACUGAUGUGCGCACAUUGGAACUCCAAUGGUUCCGGUCCAAACUCGCGCUCGUCGAACAGGAGCCUGUCCUCUUCCAAGAUACAAUUUACGAGAACAUUGCAGCCGGCAGCGCCAACUCCGUCACGAAAGCCGACGUGGAGCAGGCAGCAAUUCUGGCGAGCGCCCACGACUUCAUUUCUACUUUUCCUCGAGGUUAUCAGACCAUGGUGGGUGAAGCUGGGGCACAGCUAAGCGGCGGCCAGAAGCAGCGAUUGGCCAUCGCCCGUGCUUUGAUCCGGAAGCCUGCUGUGUUGCUGCUGGACGAGGCCACCAGUGCGCUGGACUCGGCAUCAGAGCGAGCCGUCCAGAAGGCGCUGGACGAGCUAUUGGAAGUUGGUGGACGAACAACAAUCGUGAUCGCACACCGCCUGUCCACUGUCCGCAAUGCACACCAGAUCUGUGUGUUAGACAAGGGGAAAGUCGUGGAGCAAGGGACGCACGAGGAGUUGAUGUCCAAGCAAGGCGCUUAUGAGAAGCUAUUGAGCCUGCAGAUGUCCGCAUCCAAGGAUGCAGACGUGCCGCCUGCAGAGAAGGCGGAGACCACCGCGGUUUUGCCGGCCCAGGCACCUGCUCCGGCACCUGCAGCACCUGGCGCGGCCCAGGAACUCCUGGAAGCGACGUCCUCCAAGGAGCCGGAUGCCAAUGACCAAGCCCCAGGUAAAACAACUGAAGAUCGCUGCCUGAAGCUCGCCAAGUCCUAUGACUUCGAAAAAGAUCUGGGAACAGCCUUUGCGGUCAAAGAGGUUUGGAAAAUGUCCAAACAGGACUACAAGUACUACAUGAUCGGGGUUGGCUUCACACUGUUAGGUUCCAUGGUGAUGCCAUACUUUUCCGUGCAAUUUGCUCGGACGAUCAACAUUUUCAACCAGCCUCCUGCAGUAUUGGACCCCGUGUCCCACAAUUGGUACGCAGCUUACAACGAGCCCUUUAUCGCAGCCAGCGUGACCAACCUCUGCAUGCUGAUGCAGGCACUCAGCGUCUUCUGGCUCUUGCAGGCGAUUGGAGCCUCCUGGGCCUUUGCUAAAGCGGGUGAGCUGCUGACACUCCGAGUCCGAGCGCGCUUCUUCGAGGCCCUCCUCCGCCAGGAGAUCUCUUGGCACGACAAGCAGGGCACCGCUCAUUUGCUGUGGAAGCUCGGCGCCGAUGUUCCGAGCUUGAAGCUUCUCGUGGGCGCCAACAUUGCAGCCGCUGCCAACUUCGGAUUCACAACAAUCAUCGGAGUGGGGGUAGCAAUGUACUUCAGCUGGCGUUUUUGCCUCUGCAUACUCAUAUUGAUACCACUGCUGGGUAUCAGCGCGAUUGGUGUCGGACUGAACAUGCGCAAGAUCGAUGGCGACUACUCCAGUGGAGUGGUGUCCGAGGCCGUGAACUGUGUGAAGACCGUGACGGCCUUCGGAUUGCAGGGUCGGCUCAUGGAAAAGUAUGAGACCAAACUCGAGAGCCACAUGGAGGACGAACAGCGCAUUAGACGCAUCUCCGCUCUGGGAACCGGAGUUGCAUCGGCGGGUGUUUUCAUGAUCCUGGCCAUGGCAGUUUUUGGCAUCAACGUGUUCAUCUCCCGGGGCAUGAUGCAGGUGGACAUAGCCACAAUUGUGAUCAUGGUUUUGGUCACCACUAUCAGUGCUUUUGGUGAACUUGCACGCCUUGUCACCGACACCAGCUUGCCUCAAGAGUCGGCUCGCCGGGUCUUCAACAUCAUCGCGAGGAAGUCGAAGAUCGACCCCUUCUCCGACGAGGGCCUCAAGCUACAGCAAGCGAGCGGCAAGGUAGAGUUCCGCAAGGUCCACUUCCGCUACGCAACGCGGCCGAACCUUGCCGUCUUCAACGGGCUGAGUUUCACCAUCGAGCCAUGUACGACAACUGCGCUCGUGGGACCCAGUGGCUGUGGCAAGAGUACGGCUGUUGGUCUGCUGCAGCGCUUCUAUGAUCCACUCGAUGGAUGCAUCCUCUUUGAUGGCCACGACUUGCGCAACUUGAAUUUGGCCUGGCUUCGAGCGCAAAUGAGCAUGGUACAGCAGGAGCCGAUCCUUUUUUCGCGCAGCAUUCUGGACAACAUCCGCUACGGGCAGCAGGAGGCAACCAUGGAGGAGGUCGAGGCUGCCGCGAAGGCUGCCAAUGCCACGGACUUCCUGAACACCAUGCCCCAGGGCUUCAGCACGCAGGCAGGCCAUCGCGGCGCACAUCUGAGUGGCGGACAGAAGCAGCGCAUCGCAAUCGCUCGCGCUUUGCUGCGUGAUCCGGCUGUCUUGCUGCUCGAUGAAGCCACGAGUUCGUUAGAUGCCGUCAGCGAGCGCUUGGUCCAGGAUGCAUUGGACCGGCUCCUUGGCAUGAAGGCAGCUAAGGCUGGUGAGAUCCAAGCCACGCACAACUAUCAUUAUCGCGCACAGGCACAACUCAGUUCCGAGCUGCGCUGCGAAACCAGGAGGUUCUAUCCGGAGCCACAGAAAGGGUUGCUGCUCCAGCCAGUCUAUCCCCUGGAUGACUUGCCCAAGCAAAUCUGGUACCCGGCCAGCGAUCUCCCGACUGGAGUACUAGGACUAGUUGGCCAUUUGCACGGGAAGAAGCGCCCUUCGACAGGAGCUGAUCGAUCCAGGCUGUGA